AUGCCUAAUCCUGAGCUCCUGGAACAGGAUUGCCUAGUUGUCCCUGUGCUCUGGUGGUUGGGCAGUGCAGUGAGAGUUGUUUCUCUUUCUCUAAACAGGUCUUCACACAAUGAACUAGAAAAGCACAGACGAGCCAAACUCAGGCUCUACCUGGAGCAGCUGAAGCAGCUGGUGCCCCUGGGCCCUGACAGCACCCGCCACACCACGCUGAGCCUUCUUAAGCGCGCCAAGACACACAUCAAGAAACUGGAGGAGCAGGACCGCCGGGCGCUGAGCAUCAAGGAGCAGCUACAGCGAGAACAUCGCUUCCUGAAGCGGCGCCUGGAGCAGCUGUCGGUGCAGAGCCUGGAACGUGUACGCACAGACAGCACGGGCUCCGCCGUCUCCACGGAUGACUCGGAGCAAGAGGUGGACGUAGAGGGCAUGGAGUUUGGCCCCGGCGAGCUGGACAGUGUUGGGAGCAACAGUGACGUGGAUGACCACUACAGCUUGCAGAGUGGCGGCUGCAGCGAUGGUGGCUAUGGGCCUCCCUGCCGGCGGCCUGCCCGCCCUGGCCUCUCGUAAGCCUGGUGCCCUCUGCUCCUUGGCCUGCCUGCCGCCCAGCCAAGUGCAUCAACCCUCCAGUCCUCUCAAGCCUCUCCAUGGGCCCACUGCUGUGCCAUCCUGGAAGCUCUAGCAGCCUUCUGGGCUGCCUGCCUCCACCCGCCUGCCGGUCAGGGCCCACCUCGCCGCCCGCCCCUCCCAGCCGGGCAGGGACCCCUGCAGGGAGGCGGGCCCAGCUCCCGAGUCCCGGAGCCCAGCGUAGCCACCCAUGGUCUGUUCUCAGAUUCCUAAUCAUUCCAGAAGUAUUAAAUGUCAUUGCUGCAAACCUCGGCGGGCGCCGUGUGAAGGGCUUAAUGACCAGCAUGGGGAGCUCAGACCCCACCCCGGACCCCAGGAGAAAGGAGUGGACUGAGGAAGGAAGGCGUGGCUCUCCAUCCAUCCACCUGUCCAUCUACCUGUCAGUCCACGUAGGCUCCUGAAGCAUGGACAAAGAGAUCCAUGAAGGGCGGGACUCUGGUGAGCACCCUGGGGCAGGAGGGUGGGGAGGGGCCUUUGCACCCUGAGAGGGUCAGGAGCCAGGGCUGGGCUCCUAGGGCAGGCAGGCCAGGCGACCCCACACCCCGCUAGGCAGCUUCCGCUUUGUUAGGUCCCUCAGGUGUACACACUCAUAUAUCUAGUCACGUCCACCUGCCUGCACACACAUGCACACAUGUAAACACACGUGGUGACCAGACCCAGAGGUACCUGGGACUCAGAGGGCACUGGUCCCCUUCAGGGGUCACCUAAGCAAAAGCUGGCCCCUGGCCUGUGCCUAGCUCCCUCUCCCACCCCCAGUCACCUGCCCAGUCUGUACAGGGAAGGGGGCUUCUGCCCCCAGCAGGGGCUGAGGUGUGUGCUGGGGGCCAAGGAGUUGAAGCCACUGGGUCUUCAGGGGGCUUUCUGGUGUCCCUUUUUUAAAAAAGGCAAAAAAUAAAAAUAAAUGGCUGCACUGCCCCACAGUCCAGAGCAGGGCCCCGGGAGAGGGGCCCUCCCAGAAAGCAAAGGGAACAUUUUUAAAACGAGAAGCAGGUCUAAGUCGUCGGCCGAGUGCGGUCAGCGUGUGCCGCCUGUUUCCUGUGCGAGAUUUUUGUACUCUAUUUUCCUAGUCCGCAUUGCGUCCUUGUUUGCCGAGGGGUGGGAGUGACCCAGCGUCUCAGGGACUCGUCCAUCUGUCACUGUUGUCCAAGUGUGCCUUGUGUCCUGUGUCUGGCCCCACCCCCACCACCAGCAUCUCCCUUGCGGCUCCUGGAAGGACCCCCACCUGCCCAGCAGGUGUCCUCCUGGCCCCUCCCCGUGGAUCAGCCCCUCCCAGCAGCCACAACUUCCCGGGAGCAAGAUAUUGCAAGGCCAGGUCAGGGGCUGCUUUCUGUCACUUUGGCAGGAGGAGCCGUGACCUGCCCCCCAGUGUCACCCUCCCCAGUGGCUAGCAGGGACCUGCUGUGCAACCCAGCCUCCAGGUCAGAAGGGCCUGCUAACCGGAGAAGUAGUUCCUACCUGUACUCAGCUUGAACCCUCCCUGCCCCCCUGCCUGGGGCGAGGGCUCCAGAUUUCAGACAUUGGCAGCUGAUGAAAACAGCGUUCACCCAGGGGGUCAGGCCUGAGCAUUAGGCUUCUCCUGGCCUUUUGUUCCCAAGCCCUUGUCCCCAGGGACCACACAGCAAUACUCGGGUGGCGGGCAGUAGGGCUGACCCACAGCAGUGUCUGCCUCCCCCUCUGGUGCAUUGUAACCAAUUUCCCAAUCACGUUUAUCUCCAGUCAUACCGACGGACACCCCAGGGUGGGUGGCCUAACUGAAGCAAGAAGGGGGUCCCUGGAGACAGCUCUGGCACAGAACCUGCCCUCCUGGGCUCGGGAUGAUGGGUGGAAAGCAGGCCUGUGGGGUCGGGGCUGGGGUCGUAAGGAAAACUGUUCUGUUGGUAUCUCCCUCCAGCUAAACUGGGGGCCCUGGGAGGGUCAUGGGAGGCUUCUCCUGUCUGUCUGAGCAUGUCCUCUGAGCAUUAGGGCAGGAACAUCCGAAGUUAAGACCCCACCCCUAACACCUGCAGAGGUUCUGCUCCCACCUCUGGCCUCAGCAUCUUACCCCAUGACCAGCUGUAGCCCUCAGCCCACCCUACUGGCAGCUCCACCCAGGGCUUUUCAGGCCGUGGUUUCCAAGUGGGCCAGGGAGUUGGCCUCACUGGCCACCCAGGGGUGCUGUAGUCCCAGGUGCUCCUCCCUGCACCAGCAGGCAUGUGAGGGGGUGGUCCUCAGGGCCAGGGUCAGGUGCUAGGAGGUACACAUCCAUUCCCCCUCCCUCCAGCUCCCUACCAUUUACAUAGGUUCGCUGUUGUGGGUGGCCAUGGGAACCCAGAGAGGGCCCUGCUGAGGCCUUGUUGAAUUAUUAGAGCAAACCUCAGCGUUGUCAGAUAUAUAGAAAGCAGACAUGAUGAGAAAAGGGCCAUUGGGGGUGCCCACACCCUCUCCGUGUGCCCUCCCAUGCCCAUGUAGGCCACUGUGGCACUUUGUGGCUGAGCUCCUGGAACCCCAGGCUCCCGUUUGGGUCCCCACUCUCAUUGUGCAGUGGCCCCGACACUCCAGGUCAUCACUGCAGUGUAGGCCCAGCUGGCUGGGGAGGCUGCAGGAUGGCUCCCCGCUCCUCAGAGCCUUGGCCCUGCCUCUGCAGACUGGGUUUCAGGGGCCCAGUGCCCAAGCCUACUUUCCUUGGCAGAUGGAGCCCUGCACCCAACUAUGGCCCCAAGGGACCCCUCCUGUCUGCCCCAGACAAUGCUCAUCUACUGGGCAAGGCAGGCUCCCUGACACCCUCCCACCCCCUGCUUCUUUCUGGGCCAGCUAACCUGGGGCCCCCUCCCUGCCUCUGUGCACAUAGGAUUCUAAACCCAGGCCACAUCCAGGGCACUAGGGCAGGUUCCGUGCCAGAGUCUGGGGCUGCCCAGGAGGCCUGGUGCUUGCCAGGUGGGCACAUUGCAAAGUCCUCACUGGAGAGAGAUGGGUCACUUGUCCCUGCUCACGGGAGGGACUGUGCUGUACCAUUCUGUCUUUGUAAUAUAAAUACAGAUUUUUAUACCUCA